AAUUUGUACAUCAAAGAGUUUGACAGCAUUUUCUUAACGAAUAGACGUUUGAAAAUGUUACUGGGAGCGAAUCUAUGGGGUGGACCGGAUAUACCACACCAACACUGGAGCUGCUUCAAACAGCUGAGACAUGGCAUUGUAUGAAGAGCGUUUUUGGUGUGUCAGAAAAACUGCUAAUAAGCGUUGCCUGCAGGACCAUGGUAACCAACAACAUGGGCUUGAGAUUUCGGAUCCCGCUCCAGAAGUUGCAUCCGCUCUCCCGUGCCAUCCAUCAUCGCUACUCAGCGAACUCCAACCCUCAGCGACCACCUCAUCGCACGGCAGCCCGAUACUUCACCUCCAUGUCACGGUUGCCCAUGCGGCAGCUUAAACCACCUCCAGGCUCAGGGGGCCAUCGCUACCAGCAGCAACGUAACUUCUGGGUGGCUCGUUUGGCCGCCAGAUUGUUAAGGCUGAGAUACAUUUUACUGGGCAGUGCUGUUGGAGGAGGAUACACAGCGAAAAAGACCUACGAUGAGUGGAAAGAUAUGCUACCAGAUUUUAGUGAAUACAACUGGGUCAUUCCUGACUUUGUCUGGGAGCUUAGUGAACAAAUCGAUUUUGAAAAGCUGACCAAGGCGUUGCCAGAGAUGGAGGAAAUUGUUAAACUUCUUCCUGACAUGGACAAGAUCGGCGAGAACUUCACCUUCUUCAAGAGUCUCUUGUCUUCUGGUGUGAGUUUGGGUAGUGAAGUCAAAGGAGCUUCUGGUCUACAUCUGUUGUUAGAUGCCUCGAUUGAUUCCCAGCUGAAGGCAACAGAUUCUUCUGCUUCAGCUGCGCAGGACGCCAGCGACAAACAUUACAAAAAGCAGGGUCUGCUCGGCGAGCUCAUUCUUAUUCAGCAACAGAUCCAGCGGCACGAGGAGGAGGUCCGGCGGGCCGCUGCCUCCCAUAGUACGCGUCCCAGUGCACCCAGUCCACCUCCGAGCCCCAGCCCCCCGCAACAUAAGUCAUCAGACAAAGAAAAGAUCGACCAACUGCAAGAGGAGCUCCUUCGAACCCAGCUCAAGUAUCAACGCAUGCUGGAGAGGCUGGAGAAGGAGAAUAAGGAGUUAAGAAAAGUAGUUCUGCAGAAGGACGAUAAAGGCAUUCACCAAAGGAAAAUCAAGAAAUCUCUGAUUGACUUGUACUCUGAAGUUCUGGACAUCCUGUCUGACUAUGAUGCCAACUACAACACUCAGGACCACCUACCAAGGGUGGUUGUGGUCGGCGAUCAGAGUGCUGGGAAGACCAGUGUGCUGGAGAUGAUUGCACAGGCCAGAAUCUUCCCCAGGGGCUCUGGUGAGAUGAUGACCCGCUCUCCCGUUAAGGUCACACUCAGUGAAGGUCCUCACCACGUUGCCAUGUUCAAAGACAGUGGCCGAGAAUUUGACUUGACAAAGGAGGAGGAUCUGGCUGCUUUGAGACAUGAAAUUGAGCUGCGGAUGAGGAAGAGUGUGAAGGAUGGACAGACGGUCAGCUCAGAGACAAUUUCCCUGAGUGUCAAAGGUCCUGGGAUCCAGAGGAUGGUGCUGGUCGAUUUACCAGGUGUCAUUAGUACGGUGACCACAGGGAUGGCAACAGACACAAAAGAAACCAUCUUCAGUAUUAGCAGGGCCUAUAUGCAGAACCCCAAUGCCAUCAUUCUCUGUAUUCAAGAUGGCAGUGUAGACGCAGAGAGGAGCAUUGUGACCGACUUGGUUAGCCAGAUGGACCCCCAUGGAAAGAGGACCAUUUUUGUUCUGACCAAAGUCGACUUGGCUGAGAAGAACCUGGCCAGCCCAAGCAGGAUUCAGCAGAUAGUUGAAGGAAAGCUGUUUCCGAUGAAGGCUCUUGGCUACUUUGCUGUAGUGACUGGAAAAGGAAGCAGUGCUGAAAGUAUAGACUCCAUCAAAGACUAUGAGGAGGACUUCUUCCAGAACUCCAGAUUACUACGAGAUGGCAUGUUGAAAGCCCAUCAGGUGACCACAAAAAACUUGAGUCUAGCUGUUUCUGACUGCUUCUGGAAGAUGGUAAGGGAGUCAGUGGAGCAGCAGGCGGAUGUAUUUAAAGCGUCACGUUUCAACUUGGAGACGGAGUGGAAGAACAAUUACCCUCGUGUCCGUGAGCUUGACAGGAAUGAACUUUAUGAGAAGGUCAAAAAUGAAAUCUUGGAUGAGGUCAUAAGCUUGAGCCAAGUGACACCUCAGCACUGGGAAGCUAUCCUGCAAAAGAAACUGUGGGAGCGAGUUUCGACACAUGUGAUUGAGAACAUCUACCUGCCUGCUGCCCAAACAAUGGACUCAGGGACUUUCAACACCACUGUCGACAUCAAGCUCAAACAGUGGACCGAUAAGCAACUUCCACACAAGGCUCUGGAGGUUGCCUGGGAGACAUUGCAGGAUGAGUUUGCCCGCUUCAUGGCUGAGUACAAAGGCAAAGACCAAGACGACAUAUUUGACAAACUGAAGGAGGCUGUUAAGGAUGAGAGCAUAAAAAGACACAAGUGGAAUGAGAGGGCGAUGGACAGCCUGCGGGUGAUCCAACACAAUGCACUGGAAGAUCGAUCUAUUACAGACAAACCUCAGUGGGAUGCAGCGAUCCAGUUCAUGGAGGAAACUUUGCAAUCGCGGCUCAAAGACACUGAAUCCGUAAUCAAGGACAUGGUCGGUCCUGACUGGAAGGCGAGGUGGCUGAAUUGGACCAACAGAACACCAGAGCAGCACAUCCGAAACGAAACAAAAACCGAGCUGGAGCGCUUGCUCAAGCUGCACGACGACCACACCGCUUACUUGGCAAAUGACGAGGUGACCACGGUGAGAAAAAAUUUGGAGGCUCGCAACGUCGAAGUUGACCCUGUACUGAUCAAAGACACGUGGCAUCAGCUUUAUCGAAGGCACUUUUUGCAGAAAGCUUUGUCUCACUGCAGCCUCUGCAAAAGAGGUUUCUACUACUACCAGAGGCAUUUUGUCGACUCUGAGUUGGAGUGCAAUGAUGUGGUCCUGUUCUGGAGAAUCCAGAGGAUGCUGGUCAUCACAGCCAAUACUCUACGACAGCAACUCACCAACACUGAAGUCCGUCGGUUGGAGAAAAACGUCAAAGAGGUGCUGGAUGAUUUUGGAGAAGACUCUGAGAAGAAGGCUCAGCUCAUCACUGGUCGCAGAGUUCAACUAGCUGAGGAUCUCAAGAAAGUUCGUGAGAUCCAGGAGAAGCUGGAAGCGUUCAUCGAGGCUCUUCACAAGGAGAAAUGAGAGCCAGCUAUCCAGCAGGCUUCUCCGCACGUCGCUAUAUUACGGUCAGUCCCGAGCUUCUCUACUGACCGGAAGGGGAUCUGUUCUUUCUCGUGACAAUUACGUGCACUGUGGGUGACAUGUCCGAAGUCACCCUUCUCUGGCCCCGCCCCUUUCCAGUGGUUUCACUUCCUGCAACCUCAGCAUCAGUGGACUCAGACGGACCUCAACCUCUUUACUUUUGGUGGAACGCUCUCAGUACAGGGUGUGACUGGAGUUGGAAUCAUGAACCGACCUGAAGGACACCCGUGCACCACAGUCACUCAUCAACAAUCGACCGUAUUAUCGUCAAACUGAACCUUAUAAAUACAGACCUUUUAUCCCUCCUGCUCUGUCUUUUGCACCUUUUCGUCACCCCUCCUUUUUUGUCAUUUUGCACUUCAACUCCCUAGCACUUAAUUUUCCCCUCAGGUUUUGACUUGCUCUCUUCUCACCACAUUUCUCCUAAUAUUUUGCCCCUCCCAUUAUAUGUCAUAAUAAUCAGCAUCACCACAUACUUGAUAAUUCGUCUGAUCUGAAUUGGUCUCCAGGGGAAAGCAAACAUGAAGCAUUUAAAAGUGGUGUGUUUACUUAACUGUACCAUAAUAAUAGUAGCUCAAUGUAACACCAUGGCUUCCAGUGUUCUACAAAAUAAAGUGCUGCCUCUUUGCCUCAUCACCUCUCAACACUCGCUUUCACGAGUCAACAGUUUCACUGAACUCUUCCAUUAUAAAUCACCAUCACAAGGUCCGUCUCCUCCUCCGUCAUCAUAUCCCGCUCCCUCUUUGAUUCACCGUAUCUGACUGCAACUGUUCGAUAGUUCCCUGUGUAUAUUUGAAGAAACACCUGUCCCAUACAGGAAGUGUUGACGGGAGCUCCCGCUGUCAGCACCUGUCCAUGUGCUGGUUAGAAAGUUUAUGUUGUAGAAAGAUUAUGUUUGCAUGGUCAUCAGAUGUCUUUUAUUUAUUAAAUUGUGUCUAAAUGGAGAAAAGGAGUUCUAAAAUAAAAUCGACAAAUUAAAGAAUCA